AGUUGUUAGUUAGAGCAAAACCCGACGGAGUAUUUUGUUAAGCCAAGCCAAGCAUUGUGUUCAUAAAUCACAGCAAACAAACCCACUUCUCGCCACCGUAACACUCACUUCCUCCGUUAGGGUUUCUUCCCUCAUCACGCAUGGACACCGAUGAAGAUACCUCCGCUCUCAAUGUCGACGAAAUCUACGCCAAUGGCGCCGACAACGACAACAGCACACACCGUCAGAUCAUAAGCGCUGACCAACUCGACAUCGAGGCAUACAUUAACCUCUACUCCGGUCGCACUAGGAUCUCCCGACUCCUCUUCAUUGCCUCUAACUGCGGCGACAACUUGACGAUGCAGUUGGAGGCGCUUCGUAUGGCUUUCGACGAAAUCAAGAAGGGAGAGGACACGAUCCUCAUGAGGGAAGUUGUUAAGAAGAUUAAUGGCCGUUUGGGAUCCAAUUAUACCUUAGACGAGGCUUGGUGUGAUGCCAUUGUGAAAAAAGCAGACCUCAAGAAGGAGAAGCUCGAUGCUGAGCUUACUUCCUAUAGGACGAACUUGAUUAAAGAGAGUAUAAGAAUGGGGUACAGUGAUUUUGGAGAUUUUUACUAUGCUCAUGGUCAAUUGGGGGAUGCUUUUAAGAAUUACGUUCGGACCCGAGAUUAUUGCACUACAUCGAAGCACAUUGUUUAUAUGUGUAUGAGUGCGAUUUUGGUUAGCAUUGAGAUGGGUCAGUUUCCCCAUAUUAGCAGCUAUGUUAGCAAGGCAGAACAGUCGGUGGAAUCCCUUGACACGAUAGCAACUGCAAAGCUACGUUGUGCUGCGGGGUUGUCAAAUCUGUUUGCCAAAAAGUACAAGCUUGCUGCUCGAAAGUUUAUUGAGACUAGCCCUGAACUAGGGAGUCACUACAAUGAAGUGAUUUCAUCUCAAGAUGUUGCAAUGUAUGGAGGACUUUGUGCACUUGCUACGUUUGAUCGGGCAGAGUUAAAGAGCAAAGUUAUAGACAAUACCGUCUUCAGGAAUUUCUUGGAGUUAGUGCCUGAAGUAAGGGAACUUAUAAAUGAUUUUUACUCAAGCCGUUAUGCAUUGUGUCUGGAGUACUUAGGGAACCUAAAAUCAAACUUGUUGCUUGACAUACAUUUGCAUUCACAUGUCGAGGCACUUUAUGAUCAAAUCCGUCAGAAAGCCCUCAUCCAGUACACACUCCCAUUUGUGUCUGUUGAUCUGAACAUGAUGGCUAAUGCAUUCAAGACAACUGUUGCGGGACUUCAGAAAGAACUCGAGACUUUGAUUACUGAUAAUCAGAUACAGGCACGGAUUGAUUCACACAGCAAGGUCUUGUAUGCACGACAUGCAGAUCUAAGGAAUGCCACCUUUCAAAGGGUUCUAGAAACUGGAAGGGCAUUUGAUCGAGAUCUUCAGUCUAUGUUCCUGAGAUCCAGUAUCAUCAAGCACGAAAGCCUUCAUAGGUCAAGAAGUAGGAAACUGUGAUACUGAAUUUAUCAUAACUAGACCAAGGUUUUUUGUUUUGAUUCAUAGGCAUUGACAUAUAUCGAGAUUCUAUACUGAAGUUAGAAGAAUAUUGCUUCACCUAUUCCUUGAUUGUCAAGGCGGCAAACGUACAUUUGUGCAGAACAUCAACAACAUAUUAUGGCGUACUUCUAGCAUUUGGUGUUAGUUUUCAGCAGGUGUUCAGAAAGUUUACAACAUAUUGUUGGAUUUUUCUGGAUCUCUAUGUGAAAAAUGUGCGGAUCGGAUUUCAGAUUUUUUUUUAACCGAAUCAAAUUGCACAACUUUAGUACUUAUUUAUUUAUUUAUUUUAUUAUUAGUAUGAGAUACUAUAUUAGCAUAUUAUUGAUUGUUUUUAAUUUUUUAAUAAUGCUUGUUUAAUUUAAGAUUUAAAUGUAGUUUUGGUCCUCUA